GCUCGCUUCAGCAGAGUGCGGAGCCGCGGGGAAGUCAACAGGAGUCUCUGGAUAUACUCACACCUCAACUCCAAACAGCGUGGAUCUGACUCUGCACCACGUUAGAAACGCACGAGAAUCAGAGAGGUGCAUGGGACCUGCCCCGUGUUCCUGCGCGCGUGUGUGUGGUGUGUGUGGUUUCACCUGGGCAGCCGGAGACGCAUAGCUGAUGGAGCAAAGAGGAGGCAUCGCUGAGUGUGGAGCGCUGUUGAGCAGAGAGCCGCGUUCAGCGCACAACACGCGCCGCUGACAGGGAGCGGUCUGCUUUUACGCACGAGCUGGGCGUAUUUCUGUCCUGGACUUCACAGGUGAUUGGAGGCAACAUCAUCGGGGAUAGAAAAAAAGGGAAGAAACACCGUUUUGGAUUGUAUUUUAUUUGAUGGUUGUCGGUGGCAGAACGGGGAUGUAAGUGGUUGAACUCACGUGCGUUUGGAAGACGCGUGAGGCUGGUUCCAGAAGAGCAAAUUGCAGGGGCGUGCAGCUAAUUGAAGUCGACCCGGUGGAUCCUUUUUUGAAUGUGACGCAGCAGCAGAGGUUCUUUCUCCUCCUCCUCUUCCUCCCCAUCUCUCACCUCCAACAUGACUUCACUGUCUGGGACCAAGGAGAGGUCUGUGAGCAGCCGGAGCAGAAAAUAUGGGGUACCUGACACGUCACCGACCAAAUCUGGCUCCUUCUUUCCUGACACAUGGUACAGAAAAGCCUAUGAAGAAACCUCCAGAUCCAGCACACGUCCAACCCCAGAGGGUGCCGGCUCCAUGCCAAGCUCUACAGGCACCCCAUCUCCUGGCUCAGGCAUCUCCUCACCAGGUUCCUUCUCUGGAUCACCAGGAACCAUCUCUCCAGGGAUUGGGACAGGAUCGCCUGGUUCUCUUGGUGGCUCCCCGGGUUUUGGCACCGGAUCACCAGCCUCGGGCAGUGGAAGUUCUCCUGGCAGUGAAAGAGGGAUAUGGUGUGAGAACUGUAAUGCUCGGCUGACGGAGCUGAAAAGACAAGCACUGAAGCUGCUCAUCCCUGGACCGUACUCCAGCAAGGAUCCCUCCUUCUCCCUCCUGCUCCAUGAUAAGCUUCAGGUGCCUAACAGUUCUCGGCUGGCGUGGAACGAGCGUGACAGUCGAUGCGAUGUAUGCGGCACUCACCUCACUCAACUGAAACAGGAAGCUGUGCACAUGGUCCUCACUCUGGACCAGUGGGAUUUGUCUCCCACUUCUUCUCCCCCUGCUCUAAUUGGACGAUAUGGAUCUCAAGGACCUCCAGGUCCGCUGGGAGCUUCUGGAUUACCGGGAGGUCCUGGGCCACGGGACUGGCCUCCUCCUUUUCUCCCUUCCUCCUCCUCGGCUGCUGCUUCCACUUCACAUCCUCCUACUCAAGCAUCGCAGUCACCCUCCCCAAGUCCAAACCAGACCCCAACGCCCAGUCCAAGCCACGGACCAUCCAACCCCAGCCACGGAAGUCCCACAAUGGGGCAAACAUCCAGCUCUAGCCCACAACCUCAGGGUCCAGGGCCUAGACUGGGGUCGAAGCCCAGCUCCCUGGGUCUUGGUGGUGGAGUGGACAGAAGGAACGGGUCCCCCAGUUCAGGGAAAGCAGCUGGUUCCCAUCAGCAACUAGUGACGGGGGUAAACAGCCCUGGCAAUAACAGUGGUAACGGUAAUAAUGGCAGUGGAGCAGUACUGAGUACAGCAGCUCUGCAGGCCCAUCAGCACAUGAACCGAGCUAAUGGAGGAGUUACACUCUAUCCAUACCAGAUCUCUCAGAUGAUCUCUGAGGCCUUCAGGGAAGGACAGACUGAAGCUGCACUGAACCGCUACAACACACACUCUCCUUCGCACACAAAUUCAUCAUCGCACACCAGCUCUCCCUGUCACACUCCAGCUGUGACCACCACAGCACAGACCGCCACAUCAGCCGCUGCCUCUUUCUUUGCCAGAGCUGCACAAAAGUUAAACUUAGCCUCAAAGAAGAAGAAGCAGAAGGCUGCUGCGGCCACGGCUCCAGUGAGCUCAUCGUCGUCCUGUGACCCACCUCUGUUCCCCACCAACUUCAGCUCUGCCCUGGUGAUGGCCCCACCCCCAGCUCCACCUUGCCUUCUCCGUGCUGUCAAUAAGAUAAAAGAUACACCUGGCCUUGGAAAGGUGAAGGUGAUGGUGCGCGUGUGUCCGGUGUCUCACUCGGAUGCAGCAGAGUCCAGCUCCUUCCUCAAAGUGGACCCCAGGAAGAAACAGAUCACCAUCAUGGACCCUUCAGCCAAUCAGACACCAGGCCCUGCGUCCCAGAAGAAAGCGGGAGCCAAUCAGGUGCCUCCAAAGAUGUUCACGUUUGACGCUGCAUUCCCUCCUGAUGCAUCACAGGCGGAAGUGUGUGCGGGAACAGUUGCCGAGGUGAUUCAGUCGGUGGUGAAUGGAGCAGAUGGCUGUGUCUUCUGCUUUGGACACUCCAAGCUGGGUAAAUCCUACACAAUGAUUGGCCGUGACGACUCUCUUCAGACUCUGGGUUUAAUCCCCUGUGCCAUCUCCUGGUUGUUUAAACUCAUCAACGAGAGAAAGGAGAAAACAGGAGCACGCUUCUCUGUCCGUGUCUCUGCAGUCGAGGUUUGGGGGAAAGAGGAGAACCUGAAGGACUUGCUGUCUGAAGUGGCGACAGGCAGCUUACAGGAUGGACAGUCACCUGGAGUGUAUCUCUGUGAGGACCCCAUCUGUGGCAUGCAGCUCCAGAACCAGUCUGAACUGCGUGCCCCAACCCCGGAGAAGGCUGCCUGGUUUCUAGACGCCGCCAUAGCCGCUCGCCACAGCAGCCAACACCCAGACACCAGCGAAGAAGAACACAGGAACUCACACAUGCUGUUUACGUUACACAUAUACCAAUAUCGCAUGGAAAAGACGGGAAAAGGAGGGAUGUCUGGAGGUCGCAGUCGUCUCCACCUGCUGGACCUGGGCAGCUGUGAUGUCAAAGCGUUUGGAGGAAAUGAAAGGACCAAGGAGAACUCCCCGCACGGCUCGGCCCCACUGUGCCUCUCUUUAUCUGCCCUCGGCAAUGUAAUCCUCGCCCUGGUCAACGGGAGCAAACACAUCCCAUACAAGGACAGCAAGCUGACCAUGUUGCUAAGAGAGUCGCUAGGCAACAUGAACUGCCGGACCACCAUGAUUGCUCACAUCUCUGCCUCACCCAGAGAUUUCUCAGAAACCCUUUCCACCAUCCAGAUUGCUUCCCGCGUCCUUCGCAUGAAAAAGAAGAAAACUAAAGUCACUGUGCAGUACACAUCCAGCUCCUCCGGAGGAGAGAGCUCCUGUGAAGAGGGCCGCAUGCGACGCCCGACCCAUCUGCGUCCUUUCCAUCACCGCGGUGACACAGACUCUGAUCUUCCCUUGCUGCGGCUGUCCAGCGAUCCGGACGAGUAUUCGAGCAGUGAACAGUCAUGUGACACGGUGAUCUACGUGGGCCCGAACGGGGCUGCGGUGUCAGACCGAGAGCUCACAGACAACGAGGGACCACCGGAAAUUGUACCCAUUAUUCCUGCUCUGCUUCGAGGGAAAACACCAGAGCAACAUCACACACAAAGUCAAUGUCCGGCAGCAGGAGCCCAGAACAAGCAGGUGCAGUGUCAGCAGGAAGAACAGCUCAGUGCUCCCUCUCAGUCUCUGCUCGGGCAGCCGCUGGCUCCAGUCCCAGAGGAAGGAGCUGAGUGCCUGAAGUGCAACACUUUUGCAGAGCUGCAGGAGAGACUAGACUGCAUCGAUGGGAGUGAAGAGGUGGCAAAGUUCCCCUUUGAAGAGGUUCCAGCAAACAAACAAGCUGCCAAACAGGAGCCAUGUCUCUCUUCAUCUUUGCCAACCACAGUUCCUGCUGCUCCUGUAUCUGCUGCUUUGUCAGAUACAGAAGAAACAACAGGCUCUGCACUUGCUGAAGAGGGUGCUGUGCAGUUCUCCUUUACCUCCUCAGCACCAGCCUCCAAGAGGAGGACCAAUGACCAGCAGCUGCAGGACAUCAAGGAGGUGGUGGAGGAGGCUGAGCUGGCACAGACGAUGAUCCACAGCCUGACUCAAACUUCUGGCUCCUCCAUAGUCACGAGCGCCUGGAGUGUGACUGGAAACAGCAGCAGCAUCACCACCAACCCACUGCACAGGGUCAAGGGCUCCCACCUACAUGACAGCCAUGAGAAUCUCAAUGUGAACAGUAAUUCCGACGGAAAGGCGCGGCCGCUUGGAUCACCACGCCUUGGCAUCGCCAGUCUGACCAAAACCUCAGAUUACAGGCCUCCAUCCUCUCCAUCCCAGCGGUGUAAAGUGUACACCCAGAAGGGCGUGAUGCCAACAACACCCCCUCUGUCCUCACAUACUCUGGCUCAAGAUGGACAGCCCACAGAUGCUAUGACCUCUGAUAACAGUUUGGCUGCAGACAGUGGUCGUUCCUCCACAGAGUCCAUUCUGUCCAGAACAUCUCCAGUGGGCAUGAGCCCACAAGUCCGAGAGCCAGCUCCGUCUCUGUCUGCCAGUCUGGGCUCAGCUGAGACGCUGUGUGACGAUGACGUACCACCUAUACCGAUGGACCCUCACAGAGAUGCCUUAGAAGCUGCAGUAUCUGUAGAAAGAGCUGGACUGAGAGAGGAUGAAGUGGUUUUAACUAUGGUCUCUGGAGGCUCUCAGCCUAUCAGUGUCAUCAGUGGUGCCGCCGAGGAUGGAGCUAUGGGGAAUUAUUCUUUGCCCGCUGGUCUGGCAGUUACUUCGGGGGUUACAGAGGUUGUCGCCAUGGCAGAGGUGGCAAUGGCCAAACUGCGGGUAGAAGGUGAAGCCUUAUCCACAGGGAUGUCUAACUGUGGUUCCUGGGUCAGUGAUCUGAGCAUGGGCAGUGAAGCUGACCAGUCUCUCCACAGCUUCAGCCAAUCUCAGAGCCAGCAAGGGGAAGCCCUCGCUGAUUCUGAAGCCAGCCACAGCUCUGAAAUCGAGGGGCUGUGUGGAUAUGAAAGCUCUGGAUGUCGAAGAAGAGGCAGUCUGGAAGGAGAGGUGGUGCUGCAAGAGAAUGGGGCUGAUAAAGCCACUAAAGACAGGCUGAGGAAACUGCCUCCCUCAAUGGCUAAAACUAACAUUCAAAUUCUAACAGGACCUGGUAACCUUUCUUCUUUCAAAACCACAAAAAGCAUGCAUCCCUGUGUGGCUGUCAAACACAUGAUGAUCCAAGAACCAACUCUUCUCACGUCACCUACCAAGAGUAGCUUAAUGAAAGAUACAAGCAAAGUUAAUGCAUCACUUUUAGCUUCAAUCUCCAGUGAGAUGAGCUUUGAUGACCCCUGGUUGAAGCGUGGCAAGGAGGAGGGAUUCAGAGAGCCUAUGCAUGAAAAUAUUAAAGCUGGGACCGGAGACCACCAGAGCUUCUGUAGAGACGGUGUGGAUCAUGGCAGCUCAAGUUCAGGUGGUGAGGCUAUGUCAUCUCCAGAUUUCUUUAAAAGAGUGGUGGAUGGUUGUGAGAUGGUCACUGCUGUUGCCCAGGGAGACUGUCUGAGUCUGAGUACAUAUAACCCAGAGAUCCACCGCACUGCUAGUCUUCCCCGUGGCUGGCACCGUCUCAACAGACAUGACGGCUUAGAUAAUGGAAGUGAGUUCCGUAAUUUCGGCGUCACCACCUCAACUCCUUGCAGUCCACGCUCUACUCUUGACCGCCGGGGAUCAACUGGAAAACAAGGCUUUUUCUCUCACAAGAAGGGUAACAUUCCACCUCUGCCACCGGUACGCAAGUCUAGCCUUGACCAGCGCAGCAGGGCAGCCAGCCCUCUCCAUCAACCCAGUCAUGGAGCGUCACUGAUGGGCAGCUCAGCAGAUGAUGCAGGGGUAUGUGGCUCUGUAAGUGUUGCCAGACGAGGCUCCGGCAUAGACAGCAGUAGACUUUUCAGUGCCAAGUUGGAACAGCUUGCAAACAGAACCAACUCGUUAGGUCGGGUACACAGUUCCCAUAAUAGUUCCCACCACUAUGACUGCUUCUCCUUGGAGAGGGGUGAGAGCCUGAGAGGAGGAGUUAGGGGGGACAGCACCAUGCCUCGUACUGGCCGUAGUCUCACCCGUGCUGGAUCAGUAUCUUCUUCUACUGCAAACGCACCCAUCUCCAGUUUCAGUGGCAGUACUGGUUCAAGCAGCGCUCCACAGUCACCAGCCAAAACCAGCAGCCAGUCCAAAAUCUCAGCUGUGAGUAAGCUGCUGAUGACCAGUAGUCCCAAAGCCAGGAGUUUGUCUGCCUCCAGCACCAAGACCUUGAGCUUCUCUACCAAGUCUUUAAGUCAAACUACCAGCCGCAGUUCCAGCCUUCCUCCUAAUGGAAAACCCCAGGGCUCAGUACAGGUUCCUCUGCAGCAGCAGGGACCUUCUCCUGGAUCCUGGUCUACCCAGUCUCUGAGCCGCAGUCGUGGAGGAAGCCUGUCAGCCAAGCUGCCUCUCAGGGCUGUUAAUGGUCGUAUCUCAGAGCUCCUCCAGGGAAGUGCAGGCUCCCGUUCCAGGAGUCAUACCCAGGGAGGAGGCACAGAUCCUGGAGAGGAAAGAGGAGUUGGAGCAUCAAGUGGAGGGGCUGCUGGAGCAGGAAGUAGUGGUGUCAGUGGUGGCAGUGUUGGCAGUGGUGGCAGUGGUGUCAGUGGUGGUGGCCUUGGCGAUGAGAAAGCAGCCGUGGUCCAAACACUACCUUCUCCCUACAGCAAGAUCACAGCUCCCAGAAAACCACACAGAUGCAGUAGUGGCCAUGCCAGCGAUAACAGCAGUGUACUGAGUGGCGAGCUCCCUCCAGCCAUGGGGAAAACAGCCUUGUUUUACCACAGUGGAGGCAGCAGUGGCUAUGAGAGCAUGCUGAGAGACAGCAGCGAGAACACAGGAAGCACCUCCUCUGCUCAGGACUCCCUCAGUGAGCACAGCACAGCCACUGCUUCCUCCAGACGCAGCUCCAAAGGCAGCAAGAAGAGCAGGAGCAACACAGGCCUUCAGCGUCGUCGUCUCAUACCAGCGCUGACCUUGGACUCCUCCUCCUCCUCCUCCGCCUCUCAUCGUUCCUCAAAACAGGCCAUCACUUCUUCUUCCUCCUCCUCCUCCAGCCCUGGCGCAUGCUGGGUAGAUGGACCUCUGGGACCCCCAGGUUCCUCAAACCUCCGCAGCACCACUGCAACAACAGAAAACUUUGAGAUCAAGGUUUAUGAGAUAGAUGAUGUUGAGCGACUACAGAAGAGGAGAGACAAAGGAGGGAGCAAGGAGGUGGUGUCUGUGAGUGCAAAGCUUCGUCUGCUGGAGCAUCGCCAGCAGAGAAUCAAUGAAGUCAGAGCCAAGUAUCACUGUCUGAAGAAAGAACUGGAGCAAACCAAACAGUACCUGAUGCUUGAGCCACAAAAAUGGACCACUGAGUUCGAGGUCCAGCAGGUCUAUGAAGUGGACUCAGUGGAGUAUUUGGAAGCCUUGGAAAUGGUAACGGACAAACUGGAGACCAGAGUCAACUUCUGCAAAGCUCAUCUCAUGAUGAUCACCUGCUUCGACGUGUCCUCGAGACAUCGGUAGACAGAGGGAGAGAAGAGACACAGGAGGACGAGAGGCGGACACACAACAAGACUUCAUCAGAUGUUGAUUAAUCUAACACAUUUUGUUUGAUUCUCCUAAAUAUAUACAUCACUGGAUGACUGGAUAGAUGGAAGGAGGGGCUACAGGGAAUUUGUCAGACUUCCUUAUGACUCCAAAUUUACAGUCGACAGAAGGAUGGAUGUAUGGAGAGAUGGAGGGAUAAAAGAAAUGACCUUGUAGAUUUUGAUGGAAACAGGCACAAAGCAGCAUCUAAUGGACAGGUGUCUGUGAAUCAGACAAAUAUGGCUGCCCAGAAGCACAGACAGAUGGUUUUGAGUCUGAAAAGAAACAUAAUCAAGUGAUGACAUUUUCUCAGAAGUGAAUGAUUGGACUGCGGAGGAAUCUCUGAGACUCAGACGUUCAUUUACUAAUGCAUGGAGAAGAAAAAGGAGUGGAGAGUGAAACAAAAACUGCCAUUUUUUUGAAAGCAGGGGAGGAUGAAAGAGAGCUGAAGAAGAGGAGCACUUUUUAAAGUACACACACAGUUGAGAGCCAUUGACUUUAAACACCGAGCGUUGACUACAGAAUUGCCUGCUAUUGUGCAUUUGCUGAAAGAGAAAGAUAGUAGGACAAUGGAAAUGAUUAUGAUAAGUGCCUUGUGGACAUUUCAACAAUACUGAGACCAAUUCUCUCUUUCUCUUUGUCUCUGAAUUUGUGUACAUGCAUUAAGUUUGGUGCUAGAAUAGAAAAAAAACACACACACAAAAAAGAUAAGUGUCUUCGGAAAAUCUUUGAAUUUAUAGCCAUUAUUAAAUGUGAUGUUUUACCGUGGGUCAACGUCUUACUAUAGUGGAUUGGAUUAAAUUUAAAAACUUUGGGUUCCCAAUGCCUCGUUUCGACAUAGCUCUGUAUCCGUAUACGAGUAAACCUGGAACUCAUGUCUACGGCAACUUUUGUGAUCAACUGCACCUCAACUAUUUUUCUGUCCAGAAAUAACCUCCAUGUAAUUUAAAAACAUAUACAUAUUCCACUGGAUUAUGAACAGAUUCUGUUCUGUUUCACAGUAUAAUCCUGUUCAGUCAUUAACGCAGGUGCCUGCUUUUGACGUUGGUGCUUGCUGAUAAUGUUUUAGAUUGCUUUGCUGCAAAGGCAGUUGUUCCCAAUGCUGGAACAAUAACCUUUCCACUGACGGAGAAGCGUGUACUAACCGCUGCUUCGUAGAACAGCCAAUAGGAGGCGCUCUCCCUCUCGGAAUCGCUCUGAAAUGAUUGGUUAAAGUCUAACUUCACAGACUCAGUGUCCUCAAGGCACCUACAUUAUACUGAAAGAUUAUCUAAUCUUUAAACAUCAAACGUAUGUUGCCUACCCCAGCUUUAAUAUUGUUAUAGCUUUUCACCGACGGAGAACUGCAUAGCUUGGUUAUGAAGCCAGGACACACAUAAUGAGAAAUGAAUGAAACAGACAAUAAUCUGACAUUUUCUUGUAGUGUUGAUCCCCUCCCCCCCCCCAACUUCAUUCACCUACAGAGCACAUCUGAAUUUUGACCCUCUGGGGCACACGUAUAAUCACUCUGAUGCAGUCGAGAUGGCUCUUUCAUGUACAGUAACACGUCUGAGUCACAAAGGUGAGGAAACGAAAAAUGCUUUUCUAUGUCCCACUGUUAAAAGUACAGGUCCAUGGACUGACACAUGGACCGUCUGUUGUUUGUAUCUGUGUUGUUAUGCUCUAUUCUAAAAGAAACUGAAUGAUGUGUCAAUGUGUGUGUUUUAUAUUAAGGUAUCUUUUUUUAUUUGAGUUAAAUGGGACCAUGUAAAGACUAUGUAUGAUAGAAGGAUAACAGAAAAUAAGAUAUAAAGAGAGAUUCAAAACUAAAGGAAGAUAUACAGUAUUAAAAGUUAAUCCCUUUAAAGGUCCAACAUGCAACAUAAAUAAUGCCUCACUAGACAACAGGAAACAAAUAUGUAAAUAUAUAGUAGAGCACGCGUCACACUUUUCUAUGUGUAGUUCAAACCUCUUCUUUGGCAGCAGGUGUGACCAAAAUACAAAAUACAAGCCCAUUUCAAUACUCUGUUCAUUCUGCGUUUAGGAUGUCCUGUACGAACAAGGGGAUUAUGACUUCACAAGGACUAUUUGAUUGCAACAGUAAACAAGAGAGAUAAGACGAGGCUUAAUAUUGUUCCACAAUGAUUUGGAGUUAGUCUUUCUCCACCUGGACUCAGAAGUAACUUGACAUUGUGUUAGAUGUUUGUUUUUACUUGUGACAUGACAUUUGUUUUUGCUCAAUUGCAAUGGCUAGUGACACUUAAAUAUUGCAUAUUGGACCUUUAACGCUUUGUUUUAUUGCAAUCAAAGUAGUGAAAUUAGACUACAAAGGAUACCGUACUGCAACUCUGUAUCCAGACUAAAAAGUAUAUAUUGAGAAAUGAAGCUAAAGAAAGACAAGGAUGACGACCAAAUUAAGAGACAUGUAUCAUUGCCUGGUUCCAUUUCUUUGAAUGGAUAGAAAAUGUGUUAAUAUUAUCUAUGGUGCUUGAAAUGCUUAUGAUCUAAAUGUUUGUACAAAUAUAAAUAUAUGAAAGAGCCUGUUUCCCUCUGAAAGACAGACCAAUACUUUGUCAAACGCUUCUUCUACAUCGCCAUCGAUUGUCAUUGACACCCACCAACCUUUUCCUCUGAAUGCCCUUUGCCCAGGAAGCAGAGAGCAUCCUGAGAGGGGGGGAAAGUAAAGGAAGAGACGUAACAGGAGAGGAAACGCUGGUUUGAUUCUAUGAGACGCAUACUCUGUUUUUAGACACAAAACCAGGAAAUAUACAGUAUUUGAAUUUUUGGGGUUUGAUCUUCUCAUGCCUGAAUAAAAAUGUGCCACUUAUUAAUUUCAUGUGGGACACACCUGCGAGUUCCUGUAUCUACGAUGAGUUUACAGGCCCAUGAAGUGUUUUUGAAGUGCACCUGCGACGUCUCCUAUUUCCUUUACUAAUCUCCCAGUUCACUGUAGUCAUGAAUGAUGUUUUUGUUUAUUUAUUUGAGCUCAAGAGAGCAGAGUUGACGUUCUUAUUUAUUUACGCCUUACGACCUUCGGAAGUUACUAUGCAUUUACGAAAACAAAAAAUAAUUUGUACAUUGCUGAGCCCAUGCCAUAAAUAUAUAUAUAUACUGUACACAUAACACAUAUGUGCUCAUCUUUAUUUUGGAUAUUUUCUGUUGACUUCCUUUGCUCUUUCUGUUCCAGUUGGGAAUUUUAAUGGGUUUGGGUUUCCUGAAGUGUCCACAUGCAGAUUCAACACAAGAGUUACAGUCCAUCUAAUACCGCGCAGACUUUAAAACGAUGGACUUAUGGUUAAUUAAGGUUUUGCUUAAUAUGUGAAAAGGUGGCACCACUUUUCAAUGACACUACACUUAUGAGGGUUUUAAAAAUGGUAAAAUGAUAUGUGUUGCUUGCCAAAUAGUGAGACUAGCCUUCAUAGAUUACUUUGUCUUCACCAUAGACCGACAUUUAAUCUAACAGUUUUGUCAUUUCCUUUUACUCAUUUUUACUAAAUCUUUUUUACUUAUCUCAUUCCUCAUGUUCUUUACAUGUUGAAUGACACAAUAAAGCUCCUAAAUCCUUGUUAUAUAUAGAGUUACAAUCAGAUAUUCAGUUACCAUCAUCAUCAACCUUUUCUCUCAAUAAUUACACUCCCGCACAUCUGAAGGCGAAUGAAGGAGAAUGUUCAUGGAGACUUAAUGAAAGAAGGCUUGUUACACACUAUUUAAGGUGUUAAGUUAACUCUACUGUCUUUCUAUGGUGAGUGAGAUGGAAAAAAAUGAUCUCUCCCUGCUCUUAACAUAAUCCAGGAAAUGAAUAUCAAUUUUGUGCAAGAAUUCAUGCUUUGCAUAAAUGAAGAUCACGCAAAAAAUGUGUGGCAAACAACAUAAUGAGAAUGUGUUUUAGUUGUGUGGGAAUUUUCUCUCUCCAUUAGUGAGGUCGAUGCCACACCGAUGGGCUCCUUUUUGGAACUAAUGAAACUCAUUUGUGAGGGAAAAAGAAGGGAGGAUGGAGUUAAUGAGAUCUUGUCAAAUAGUGAGACUUUGUUUGUGUGUCUCCAAGUGUUGAUGAACCAUUCACUAAGCAGCAACACCCAAAUUAAUCACCUCAGUAUUGGGAGGUCUUACUGUAAAGUGGCACCGAAAGCUUAUUAACUUGAAAAUGGGCUGUGUGUGUUGUGUUAAAUGAACUGCCAGAGUUAUAUCGUACAGUAUUAAUUUGUGCCACGAGUUAGCGGAUGUUUCAGGAACCUCUGAGUGAGCAGAAUGUCUUUGAAAUGCUAUGUGUGAGGUUUCCCUCUCAAUGUGUCACUGCCAAAUAUUCUCUGGUAGCGCCUUAUAAUUCCAGCAAUAACUACAGUAUGAAAAACACCUGAGGUCACGGUCGACUAUUCAGGAAUAAGGGUUCCUUUUUCAUCUGUGGAAAUAAACAAAGUGAGGUUAAUGUUGACAUAAAGUCAGACAUGAGCAAACGUGCAGUUUGUGCUGUUGCAUAUUUUGCAGGAACAUUGGUGAAUUAUAAUGUGUUAUCUAGAAAUCUGACACACAGCAUGUCAGACCACAUUUUUUGGCUAAAAACAGAUUUCAAGGACGGUUGUUGGGGAAAUCUCUACAGAGCCAGUUUAUGACCCAUGAAUAUUACUCACUUUUACGAUUCGAUAUUGUCUCCAAACUCUGUAGACUCGCUGUUUUGAAAAAUGUGGUGCGGCACUUUGUGUUGAUGGAAAAGCAAGACGGGGGGAAUGUAAAUAAAGGAAUGUACUGGAAGA